UCUGCAGCGUUAUUCGUGUAACAAGUGUUGAGCGGUGCUGACGGUUGCAGUUCGUCAAAGAAAACGCUUUUAAUUUAUAUUUAGAAUAAUUUUCCAUGUUUUUUCUUCGUUUUUGUGUUUUACUUUUAAAGCAUUGAGAAAAUGUUGGUUUUGAUGUAGUAACUCUUGUUGAAAUAAAAACAAGAUAUUUUUAAAUUUUAUUUACACGCUGCAAACAAAGUGCUGUGACCUUAAACAGCAGCUUUUCAAUCUGCCGUCAGUGCAAUUUUUAUUUAAAUUUGGUUUUUAUGCGUUUAACCUUUAAAUAACCGUGUUUGUUUUUUAAUUAUUUUCACUUAAAAGAACUUGUUUUACUUUUCGUGUGUGAAGAAUUUGUGUUUGAAGUGUCUUUUUCACGUGAUCUUAUUUACUGAAAUUUUGACUGAGAACCUAAAGCGCGUUAUUACUGUUAGCUCAAGUGUGCUGUGAAAAUUAUUGCAUGUAAUUUGUUGCUGUCAAAGUAGACUUAACGGAAAAAACAGCAGCAUCAUGGUUAGCAGCGUCUUAAAGAUAUCGGAAAAAGCGCCGUCGGAGUACCCCAAGUCGGUGGCAUUCAUUAUCAGCAAUGAAUUCUGUGAGCGCUUCAAUUACUACGGCCUACGAACCAUACUCGUGCUGUAUUUCACCACGAAGCUGCACUAUGACAAGGACACGGCGACGGUGCUUUUCCACAUAUUCACCAUGCUGAUAUAUUUGUUUCCUUUGGUUGGCGCCAUCAUCGCCGACAGCUGGCUGGGUAAAUUCAGAACGAUUCUCUACUUGUCGAUGGUGUAUGCGUUGGGCGGCGUGAUCGUUUCGGUGGGCGCCAUACCGCUGCUGCAGCUACCUGUGAAGGAAAUUACUAUACUGGGUCUCAUGCUAAUCGCACUCGGCACUGGUGGCAUCAAACCGUGCGUCUCAGCAUUCGGUGGCGAUCAGUUCCGCAUGCCAGAACAAGCCAAGCAGCUGGCCACAUUUUUCUCGCUGUUCUACUUCGCCAUUAAUGCCGGUUCCACCAUCUCGACCACCAUUACACCCAUACUCCGUGAGGAUGUGCAUUGCUUCGGCGAUAAGAAUUGUUUUUCGCUCGCCUUCAGCGUGCCGGCCAUGCUCAUGUUGCUCUCGGUGGUCAUUUUCGUUGCGGGCCGCAAGCUCUACGUGGUUAAGCCACCAGCUGGCAACAUGAUAUUCGGUGUGUCGAAGUGUAUUUCCGAUGCGAUUGGUGGUUGGCGGCGCGAGCGUAAAACGAAUCCACGCAAACACUGGUUGGACUAUGCCGAGGCGAAGUCCGGUCAAAAAAUGGUCGCUGAUACCAAAGUAUUGUUGAAGAUUUUAACAUUGUUUUUGCCAUUCCCCGUCUUUUGGGCACUCUUCGAUCAGCAAGGCUCACGUUGGACCUUUCAGGCGACACGCAUGAAUGGUGAAACUUUUGGUUAUGUUAUUAAACCCGAUCAGAUGCAGGUCGUCAAUCCGUUACUCAUACUUGGCAUGAUUCCACUGUUCACGUACGUGCUCUAUCCGAUUUUGGCUAAGAUUGGCAUUAAGCGACCACUGCAAAAGCUCACACUUGGUGGUUUACUAGCCGCCAUUGCCUUCCUGCUCUCCGCUGGUCUUGAAGUCAAACUGAACGAAGUUGAUCCGGCACCGCUGCAUGAACUUAGCGCCAACGUACGCAUCUACAAUGGCAUGCCGUGCGCUUACCGCUUUACGACGGAGUUGCCAAAUCUUUCGAGUGCCGUGGAACCGCUGGACUUGUGGGAGAAUAAAGCAUUGCCAGUGCCGAAAGCAAUCGUAUAUCCAUUUAACGCCACCUCGGCAGACAAACGUUGUAAGGACUUUUCCGGCACCUUCCGUCUAACGCCUGGCAAGGAGACGAGCUAUUUUAUUUACUCUGACGGUGUGCAGGAAUUCAUGGACUCCACGGGCAAAACGAAGCUGGGCAAUCCCAUGGUGCGCGUGCUUUUGAAUGUGCCUACCGAGGACAGUGCGUUCACUCUGACCGAUGCCGUGGAGACGGCAGUGCCACUUAUUUUGCGCAAUGCCUCACAAGUGGUUAAUGUGGUGCACGGUGAGAGCGAGCUGAAAAUGGCCGAUACGAAGAUUGCCACCAUCAACACAAAGGGUGGUGGUGUUUACGCUUUGCUGGUGCAAGGCAGUCUCAAAGAUGGUUACACCUCCAAGACGCAUGUGAUAACACCACCUAACAGCAUCCACAUGAUGUGGCAAUUGCCGCAGAUUAUUGUCAUCACAGCUGCUGAGAUCAUGUUCUCUGUCACGGGUCUGGAGUUCUCUUACACCCAAGCGCCACCGAGCAUGACGUCCGUGCUGCAGGCCUGCUGGCUGCUCUCCGUCUCCAUCGGCAAUAUGCUGGUGGUGGUUAUAGCCGAACUGAAAUUCUUCGAAUCACAGGCCGCUGAGUUCGCACUGUUUGCGGGCCUCAUGAUUGUCGACAUGUUAAUCUUCAUUUUACUCACCAUUCCAUACAAAUAUGCGGAGCACGGCGAGGACCCUGAGGCCAACCAAGUCGUGGUUACGCCCAACAACCCGAAGCAAAGAGAGGCUGAGCGCGAAACUUACAUCAGCAAUCGAGGAAAUGGUCAUAUGAAUGAGGCCUAUGAGGGAGAGCGCUAAACCAAGAGACUGCUGUGUUAACACCAUAUUUCUACGACAUUUUAAUUUCAUUUACAUUAACAUUAAUUCGGCAAUUUAAAGCUACGAUAUGAAAAUAUCCGAAACUUAUUGCCACAACAAGCAGCAGUUGAAAGGCUGUGUGUGAUGUACUUAAAUGGGUUGUGGUUCAUUUAGUUCUUUCCUCAUUGAACUUUUUACAUUUGGUUAAAUUUUGUAUUAUUUUCGUGCAUUUUACUACCGUUAGCGUUGCCAUGUUAUUCGUGUUUGAAUAACGAAUCUCUUGUUAUCUUUUAUGGUAUUUUACUUUACAAUGUAUUUUAUAAAACUCGAAUUUUUAAGCAAUGAUUUUAAAAUAAGUUUAUCUGUUAGAUUAUUGUCGCGUCGCUGUGUGCCGCAUCUUCGUUUAUGUAGAUAUGUAUAUAAUUAGUUUUAUAGUUUUAAGAGUUCCACAAAUAGUUAUUUCGCGCUGCAUGUUAUAGUUCGGGCAGCAAAUCUGUUUUAUUUUAAUAAUUUAUUUGUAGAGAAGAUAUAUAUAAAUGCAAUUUAGUUUAUCUUAAA